AUGCGAGAGCUGAUCACCGCGGUGGACAUAUUUACCGAUGACUCGGUAUUCCUUCUCGUCAUAUGGUCUGAAGAUUCCAAAAUUUAUCUCGCAAAAGACCCCAGCCGCAGAAUGGACCAAGUCGAUACUGAGCUUCUCAACACCCUGCAAGGCGACCUCGUUCCGAAUAAUCACAUUUAUCCCCCAUGGAAAGACGGAAUCAAGGCGGCUCCCACUCCCCUCCUCCCUGAUUUAUAUUUAAAGACAUGUCAGAAGGUUUGGGGCUACGACGGCACCUCAAUGAUUGCAGACUGCGUCGCAAAAGAAGUCAGGAUUAUGGAGCUCAUUUCCUCCAAGCCUCAUCCUAACAUUUGUUGCUACUAUGGAUGCAUUCGUGAAGGCGAUCUGAUCCGAGGCAUCGUGCUUCAGAAAUACAGGUGCACCUUGUUGGAUGUGAUUUCGCCCAACAAGGAUUCAGAUAUCCAGACUCCCCCUUUCAACAUAGAAAUGGUGGUUAACGGGAUACAGGACAGAUUGAACCAUAUUCACUCAUUCGGCCUUGCUCACAACGACGUCAACCCCACGAAUAUUAUGCUCGAUGAUGUCGGCAACGCUGUUAUCAUUGACUUCGAUUCCUGUGCACCGAUAGGUACCCCGGUAUACGGGGGCACUCCGGGAUGGACAAAUUGGCCAACCGUAGCCGCCAUCGACAACGACACUUAUGGCUUUGAAUUGAUAGUCAAGUUUUUACGGGGAGAAUAUGAUGGCAGAUUUGAUGACAACGACAUGCCAAUAGUCUGA